AUGGAGCUAGCGAAGAAUGACUUAACGGUCAGCGUAAGUUGCUUGUGGCAAGUCGAUGAAGGUGAGGAGUCUCUUUUACUUUUUGACUUACCCUCAAAGAACCACCUACUGUUUGGGUUGUUUGUCCUAGACAAGUAUUCGGAUGAUACUGGUCGAAAAUUAGACAGAGCGGAGAUUAUCCUGAAUAAUGUGAUACAAGAAUACACUGCCAACUAUGCUUGGACGGAGUUUUCUGGCGUUCAACUUAGAAGAGAAAACUUUCAGGGAACUAACUUUAUCUUUGGUCAGGUAUGCGUCGAAGAUAACGCGGAACAGGAGGAAAAAUUAGUGGUUACCAUAUUGAGACGAGCAUCAAAGCUGCUCGGUCCUCAGGUGUUCAUAAAAGUUUCUGAUACUGAGUGUGACUUUUUGCUUCUUGCCUGCCAUGAAGAGCUGCCCAAGAGUCUUCAAUUUCCAGUAGCCAAUAAUAGACUAUGGCUGCACGAGGGGCAGUUUAAAUUUAUCCCACCUGACACUGAAAACUCGAACAAAGGAUUGGAACCAGAAGAAGCAUUGAAUUUUCUGAUCAACGAAUACUUCAAGUGUACCACCGUACCAGCCGUUAAAAAUAAACUGGAUGCAUUGUUCCCCAUGGACAAGAAACCAGCUGAAUUUUAUUUGAAUGAUUUCGUACAGCUAUCAGUUGAUUUUACUGACCGGAAAGUCUACGAGAUAUUAAGCCAUAAUCCAACAGUGAUCAACUACGUCCUCAAGAAUAUUCCAAGCAUAAGUGAUAGAAUAGAUACAUCUUCUUUGCAGAGUGAACAAAAGGUGAAUACAUACCCUCUAAAACUCCUGAUAGGUAGAAACCACAUACCGCUGUUGUCUCUCUACUUGCAGAUCAAGAACUUGAAAAGCGAUCCAAGCAAAGCAUUACUUGCAACUGCUUUUUGUAUUCAAACAAGUCUAAGAGACUUGCUACUUCAAGAGAGCUUACAGCUAAGGAAUAAAACGGAUGGGAGGGAAGUGAGAACUGUAAGUCCAAAUAUAAUGGAACAACUUGUCUUUGAAGAAGCAGAUAUAUUGAAACAUGUUGAACUGGAAAGAGGAGUCGAACCGAAUGAACAAUUGAUGGAUAUGUUCACAAACUUUUUUAAUGAAGAACCUCAUAAUCAAAAAGGUUCAAAAAAAGUAGAUCUAGAAGACGAUGAUGCUUCUGGAGACGAAGAUACCGAUGCAAGGAAUUAUCUGGCUCGAGAAAACUCCACAAUAAAUGAGGAUGACUUUUUUGAGUUCUUUCUAAAAGAAGCGUUGAAGAUGAAGCAGGACGAUGUUGACAAAUUAAGAACCGAAGGGGUUGAGCCAAAUAACAAAAACCCAGAAACAAAUUAUGAAGAAGACAAACAAGAUGACAAUGAAGAUACACAAGCCCUUGAACAGUUAGAGGCAAUAUUACAUCGAGAUGAUUCCACUGAAGGACCGCAAGCGCUUUUAAAUCUCUUCAAGUCCCUAGAAUUAGACGGCAUGCAAAAUGGACCAUUCGAAUCACUAUUACAAAACCUUUCAAAUGAGCCUGAUUUGAAGUAA